AUGUCAAACAACUACGGCAGAGGUGAUGCAUUCGUGAAACCGACUCCGGUUACUGCACAACCUCCUAUCCCAAACGGGAUAUACUUCAUACGCACCAGCCGUCGUUCCACCAACUACGUCUAUCUCUGUUGUAAGCUUACAGAAGACGACAACGACGACGAAGUCGGCAUCGUGACUACUGCCAAAGAGGACUUCACGGAUCCGGCUCACAUGUGGAAUUUUACGUUUGAAUGGAAGGACCGCGACUAUUCCAUCAUUAAUGUCAAGCACAAGUUUCACCUGAACAUCAUGCAGGAACCUGGUGGACCGGCGACGCUCAUUGCUGGUCUGAAGAGGAUGGACUGGUCGAUCGUUCCGUCGGGAGAUUCUUUCCUCAUCAGUACCGGGGACCAUAAGGUUAAGGGAGCCGAAAAUAUUCUUCGCUUUGCCACCUGCCACGAUUCCGAUAAAUGCGCUUCUAUCUCUCUUUACGUUCACGAUCCAGUGAAAUACGAUCAUCAACACUGGAUCCUCGAGCGAUCUGAUCACACUGGAAACGAAUCGCAUGAUCUUUCAUCGGAGCAUGAUCAGCUCUCGCAGUUGACGCCUGGAGCUUUUUACAGGAUCGUCAAUAUCGAAACCGGCGAGUAUAUAUAUCGAAGAGAUGCCGCGCUUAAGAUGUGGGACCUAAAAGGAUAUGAAAGCGAUAAUAGCUAUGCAUUUCAACUCGCAUUCACUCGUCACGGCGGGGUGAUCCUAAUGAACUUCCGUGAUGUUCCAACUAUGGGCGACCCCUUCUAUGUCGACGAAAAUGGCACCGCCACCAAACUGUACUCGGCCGUCGAUCUCGCCCCGACUCGUGGACGUGACCAUACAUUCCAUAUCCUCUUCCACAACAGCGGUGGCUCCGGUACCAAAGCACUCACCGAUCGCGGUCCUGAGGGAGCUAGUGGAAGACUGACUUCGGUGGAGGCCUUUGAAAAGAGCACCCAAAAUCAGAUGUGGAAAUUCGAGGCUAUCCGUUACUAA